GAAUGAGGAUGGGAAUGAGGUUCAAUCAAGGUACAAUGAUAAGUACCCUAAAUAUAACUCUAAAUCUGAUCCACCCUUUCUUGAAUUAGGCAUGUAUUUUGAUGAUAAUGUGCAGUUCAAACUUGCCAUGAUAAGUUAUGCUAUACACACCAAGAGGGAUUUAUUUUGGAAGAAGAAUGGUUUAAAGUAUGUUAGAGUGGAAUGUCUUGGAAAGGGGUGUGGAUUUCAUGUGAGUGCAGGGUGGGAGGAAAGAACAAAGUGUUUUCAAUUGAAAGCUAUUCAUUUAGAUCAUAAAUGCAACAGUCAAUUCACCUUAGGCAUUGUUAGUAAAAAAUGGUUAGAAUGGAAAUAUGAAGACAAGGUUAGGCAGAAUCCAACUAUUGGGUAUUCUGAGUUGAGCAAAGAUAUAAAGUCUGAGUUGAACCUCAAUGUCACUGUUAGUAUGUGCAGAAGGGCAAUUACUGGGAUUCUGAAGAAGCUUGACAUAGGGUAUGAGAGCCAGUUCAAAAGGAUUAGGGAUUAUGCACAAGAAUGCUUGAAUUCUAACCCAGGCUCUACUGUGAAGAUUCACACAACUAGCACUGUUCCUAAUUCACCCUUGGUAUUUCAGAGGAUAUAUGUGUGUUUUAAUGCAAUGAAGAAGGGUUUUCUAGGGGGUUGUAGGAAGUUUAUUGGUCUAGAUGGCUGCUUUCUGAAAGGUAAAUUGAAAGGUGAGAUCCUCUCAGCUGUGGGCAGAGAUGGGAACAAUCAAAUGUACCCAAUUGCCUGGGCUGUGGUAGAGAUUGAGAAUAACUCGUCAUGGAGCUGGUUUUUGAAUCUUUUGAAGACUGACUUGGAGAUUGAGGACAGCACUCAAUGGACUUUAAUGAGUGAUCAACAGAAGGGGUUAUCUACUGUAAUUCAGGAACUAUUCCCUGGUGUUGAGCACAGAAAUUGUGCUAGGCAUGUCCAUGCCAAUUGGAGUAAGACUCACAGAGGGAUGGUUCUAAAGGGACUGUUUUGGCAGAUUGCAAAGACCCCUAAUCAAGCACUACUUACAGAUAAGGUAAAAGCUUUACAGAAGGUAGAUGCUGCAGCUCUUCAUGAUCUCAAUAAGUAUCCUAUGAAAUUUUGGUGCAAAGCUUUUUUCAAAGAGGAAGUGCGAUGUGACAUGACAGACAAUAAUUUGAGUGAAGCAUUCAAUAAGACAUUGUUGGAUGCAAGGAGUAAGAAUAUCAUUCCAAUGCUAGAGGACAUAAGAGUUGCAAUGAUGAAGAGGGUUGCAAAGAAGAAAGCACUUGGUGAAAGAUGGAAUGGGAAUUAUGGCACUAUUAUUAUGAAGAAGUUGAAUGAAAACAUUAUUGGGAGUAAAGAUUGGGAGGUGGUUUUCAAUGGAGUUGAUGGAUAUGAGGUGAAAAAGGGAAGGUUUCAAUUCAAGGUCAAUUUAGAUUUGAGGACUUGUUCUUGUAGAAUGUGGCAAUUAACUGGUUUGCCAUGUCCUCAUUCCAUUUGUGCAAUAUUUCACAAGGGGGAUCAGCCAGAUCAGUACAUACAUAUAUGUUACAGUAAAGAGAUGUACAUGAAGACCUAUGAGCAUGUACUACAGCCCAUAAAUGGAGAACAAUUUUGGCCAAGGGCUGAAGGUGGUGAGUUACAUGCUCCAGUUCCAAGGAAGAUGACCGGCAGACCCAAGAAAAAAAGAAAGCUUGAACAUGAUGAAAAGAACAAGGAUAAAAACAAAAUAAGUGAAGAGGUUAGAAAGUUGUCAAGGAAGGGAAGGGUAAUGACCUGUCAGCUAUGCAAGGGGAAGGGGCACAACAAAAGAUAUUGUCCUACCCAACAAGGACAAGCUGGUGAUUGACUGUUUUGGCAGUGACU